AAACUUCUUCUACCCUCAGCUUUUCCGCCGGGCUUACAAGGAGCAUAUACCAUCAUCCUCAGUAUUACCUAGAGUACAAUCACGAACAAUGGCUGCUCCCAUUCAGAAGCACAAGAUUACCGAGUGGGUCGCAGUGGACUCCAAGACUGGUGAAUUUCAACGCAAACCAUCUGUAUUUCGCGACGCCAUCUCAAAAGUUCCUGGAGCUCAAUUCCCUCCGGAGAAGGGCCGGUACCACCUCUACGUCUCAUAUGCCUGUCCGUGGGCUCACCGCACCCAAAUAAUCCGUGAACUUAAAGGCCUGCAAGACAUCAUAUCACUGAGCGUCGUGCACUGGCACAUGGGGUCUAAGGGAUGGCGUUUUGCGACGGAAGAGGAAGUCGCCGAGUCCCCGGAGAUGACGGCCGCUCCGGAGCCCGUUAACGGUGCGACCUACCUCCAAGAUAUCUAUUUCAAGGCGGACCCCCAAUACGGGGGCCGCUACACCGUCCCAAUCCUCUGGGAUAAAAAGACCAGUACUAUCGUCAACAAUGAGAGCAGCGAGAUUAUCAGGCUCCUCUACACCGAAUUUGACGACCUUGUCGACGAGAAAUUCCGUGGAAACCUGUUCUAUCCGGAGGAUAAGAGGGGGGCCGUUGACGAGCUCAACUCGUGGGUUUACGACACCAUAAACAACGGAGUCUACAAAUCUGGGAUCGCUACCAAGCAAGGCGCUUAUGAAGACGCUGUAACAGCACUCUUCGCGUCCUUGGAUCGUGUAGAAGGGCUUUUGAAGUCUUCCGCUGGGCCCUAUCUUCUCGGCGGGAAGAUCACGGAGGCGGAUGUGUGCUUAUAUCCCACCAUCGUCCGCUUCGAUCCGGUGUAUGUCCAGCACUUCAAGUGUAACAUCGGGAUGAUUCGUCAUGAUUACCCUGCUAUACAUAAAUGGUUAAGGCAUCUCUACUGGGAUAUCCCGGCUUUCAAGCAAACCACAAAUUUUGAGCAUAUCAAGAAACAUUAUACAAAAUCCCAUGCCCAAAUAAACCCGACUGGAAUAACACCGCUCGGGCCUCUACCACAUAUUCUGCCCCAGGAUGUUUGAAAUAACUUCAGUCUAAGAUAUACCAUCAUAACUAAUCACUCGCAGAGCUGACAUGAGGAGGAUCUUGGGCAUCGGAAAUCUCAGAAAAAUUCGACCUAAUUGGUCA